AUGGCUCACUCACCCACUCCAUACCGGGAUGAAAAUAUUGUCUCCGAAAACCCCGAUACAACCCCUAGUUAUCUGACGUUUGGCUGGCAGCGCUCGACGCUCCUAGGUGCAUUCUUCAAUGGCGUCUUCCUGCUCGCGUUGGGCGUGAGCAUUAUUCUGCAGUCCAUUGAACGCUUCGUCUCAUUGGAAAGGGUCGAGAAACCUGAACUCAUGCUAAUCAUUGGAUGCGUGGGUCUUACGCUGAAUCUCAUCAGUGCUUCUUUUCUCCAUGAGCAUGGCCAUGACCACCACCACCACAACCACAACCAUGGCGCCCGAGAUGUAGAUCAAGAGCAGGAACAGAACACCACCAGCAUACAACUUGAGAACCGAGAGAAUGCCCAUGAAAAUCACCGGCACGCCAACAACUCCCAAUCCGUCCAACGGCUGCAUGAUCUGGGAGUCAUGGGCGUGCUGCUCCAUGUAAUCGGUGAUGCCAUUAACAACAUUGGCGUCAUCAUUGCUGCUCUGAUCAUUUGGAAGGCAACUCAUGAUGGGAGAUACUACGCAGACCCUGGAGUCAGCACUGCGAUUGGAAUUUUGAUUCUGGCUUCCGCCAUUCCGCUUGGAACCAAAGGGACACAUCAGAUCCCUGGAGUCAUCUCCGUCCACGAACUCCACGCCUGGCGCCUCAACCAAAACAAAGCCAUCGCUACCGCCCACGUCGUUACCUCCGACACGUCCCUGGCCGGCUUCAUGGCUCGCGCCCAGUGCAUCGGCGAGUGCCUGCACGCCUACGGCAUCCAUUCCAUCACGCUGCAGCCGGAACUGGCCUCCUCCCCUGGAACCUCCGCCAGUGUGACUGGUUCUUUGGAGGAGGACACGGCCGUGGCUAGGGGGGUGUGCAUGAGAAGGAGGAGGCGUGGGUCGACAUUGGUAGUGGCUCGGGGGGAUGAGGAGAUGGAAAAGGUGAAGUGGAUUAAUGGCGAGAUGUUUGGAAAGGGGGAGGGCGGGAGUUUGAAAUGUUGGUAUGGCGUUUGA